AUGGCGAGCCACGAUGAAGUCGGUAUCGGCGACUUCGUGCUGCUGGACGAGAUCACCGUCGAGAGCGUGGUGCAGAACCUGAAGAAGAGAUUCAACGGAGGAAAGAUUUACACGUACAUCGGCGAGGUGUGCGUGAGCGUGAAUCCUUACAGAUACACCAAUAUCUACGAUGCGGAUCAAAUUAAUAAAUACAAAGGCAGGGAGCUGUUCGAGAAUCCGCCGCACAUCUUCGCGAUCGCGGACGCAGUGCAAAAAGAGAUGAAGCAACAAGGCCGGGACACAUGUAUAGUGAUAAGCGGCGAAUCGGGCUCCGGUAAAACGGAGGCCAGCAAAAUCAUUAUGAAAUAUAUCGCUGCCGUUACAAAUCUGAGCGGUCAACAGGAGAUCGAGAGGGUCAAGAACAUCCUCAUCCAGUCGAACUCGAUUCUGGAGGCGUUCGGCAACGCCAAGACGAACAGGAACGACAACUCGUCGCGCUUCGGCAAGUACAUGGACAUCAACUUCGAUUUCAAGGGGGACCCCGUGGGCGGACACGUGACCAAUUACCUCUUAGAGAAGUCGCGGGUGGUCUACCAGCAGAAGGGGGAACGCAAUUUUCACUGUUUCUACCAGCUGCUAAGUGGCUGCGGCGAGCCCGAGUUGAACAAAUUACGCCUGGUUCGCGACCCGGCGGCCUACUACUUCAUCGGCAACGGAAAUAAUAAUAAGGCGCCCACCUCCGACAGAAGCGACUACAAGACCGUGAACAGCGCCAUGUCCAUGCUCGGAUUCUCGCCGAACGAGAUACAGACCGUCUGGAGUAUCAUCGCCGGUAUCCUGCACCUGGGCAACGUCACCUUCAGGCUGGACGACGACAAGCUUUUGGUGCAAAAUCAUUCCGCCUUGAACGACACCGCCAAUUUAUUCUCCAUCAGCUCGAGGGACCUGAGCACCGCCCUCUCGCAGAGAGUCAUAGCGGCCGGUGGCGAGGUCAUGCAGAAGACUCACACGUUGAUAGAAGCUGAGUAUGGCAGAGACGCCUUAGCGAAGGCUAUAUACGAGCGCUUGUUCACGUGGAUAGUAUCACGCGUCAAUGACUCGAUCAACGUGAACGAUCUCGACAGCGUGAAGCGGUACGGAACGGUGAUCGGAGUACUGGACAUCUAUGGCUUCGAAAUUUUCGACGCAAACAGCUUCGAGCAAUUUUGCAUCAAUUACUGCAACGAAAAGCUGCAGCAACUCUUUAUCGAAUUGGUUCUCAAACAAGAACAAGAGGAGUACCAGAGGGAGGGGAUAGCUUGGCAACACAUUGAGUAUUUUAACAAUCAAAUCAUCUGCGAAUUGGUCGAGCAAUCUCACAAAGGGAUGAUAGCGAUCAUGGAUGAGGCUUGCCUUAACGUUGGGAAAGUCACCGAUGAGAUGCUACUCGACGCGAUGGACAAGAAGCUAGCGGAUCACAAGCACUACAGCUCCCGACAGUUGAAGCCGAUGGACAAAGGACUGCAACAUAAAAUCGAAUUUAAAAUCAAGCACUACGCCGGUGACGUGGUUUACAAUAUCAACGGCUUCCUCGACAAGAACAAGGACACCCUCUUCCAAGAUUUCAAACGUCUGCUCUAUAAAAGCAAUAACUCUUUGAUUAGUAAGAUGUGGCCCGAGGGUGCGCAGAAUAUUCUAAAGACGACAAGAAGGCCUUACACCGCUGGCACGUUAUUCCGCAAUUCCAUGAUCGAGCUGGUGAAAAAUCUAACGAGUAAAGAGCCUUUCUACGUGAGAUGCAUAAAACCGAACGAGGUAAAGUCCCCGGUGGUGUUCGACGAAGAGAGAGUGAAUCAUCAAGUGAGAUACCUCGGUCUCGUGGAGAACAUACUGGUGAGACGCGCCGGUUUCGUGUACAGACAACGAUACGACAGAUUCCUGAAAAGGUACAAAAUGAUAUCACAGUACACAUGGCCGAACUUCCGAGGUGGCGACGACAAGGACGGUGUGCGCACGCUGAUGGACGAGAAACACUUCUCGAACGACGUCAUGUAUGGCCAUACGAAGAUCUUCAUUCGCUCGCCGCAAACUCUGUUCGCGUUGGAAAAAGCUCGCAGCGAGUUGAUACCGGGCAUCGUGGUGCUCCUGCAGAAGCAAUGGCGAGGAUACCUGUGCCGUCAGAACUACAAGAAGAUGAAGGCCGCGCUGGUUCUGAUGAAGCACUACGUCGAGUACAAGCGGCGCGUUUACAUCAUCAAGCUGGAGCAGACGUUCAGGACUGCGAAGAAGAUGCGGGACUACGGCAAGCAUCUGCCCUGGCCGCCGGAGAACUUUGCCGUGAGAAACGUGAUGCCCGCUCUGAAGAACAUGUACGCCAGAUGGUGGGCGUGGAUGGUACUCAAGGUGAUUCCACGGGAGGAUUGGCCGCAGCUACGACUGAAGAUGGCAGCAGGCGCCGUGUUGCGCUCGAAGCGACCUUACUGGGGCCAAGAUCGCCGAUGGGAGGGAAACUAUUUGUCCAAGCAGGACGAGAAUCGGCACAACGAUGUUUUCAAUUCAUCGAUCAACAAUCUACGAAACAACGACCACUUCAAGGCUGUCUUGUUCAGCGCGUUUAUCAAGAAGACCAACAGAUUCAACAAGCCUGCGGACCGCGUCCUGGUGGUGACGGAGCACGCUGUCUACAAACUGGACGAUGUCAAGUUCAAGAGUAUGAAGAAGGGCGUGCCGAUUGCGGAGAUCACUGGUCUGAGUGUGUCGCCCGGGAGGGAUCAGCUUAUCACCAUUCACUCCAACCGCGGAAACGAUUUCGUUCUGUCGAUCAACGCUGAGGACGACAGGGUCGGAGAGCUCGUCGGCAUACUCAGCAACCGAUACUAUCAAUUGCGCGGUGCUGAUCUGCACGUCACCGUGGGCGUAAGAUUCAAGUGUAUGCUAGGCAACAAGAGCAAAACAUUGCGCGUCGAAGUGAUGUCCGACGUGAGCGAGCCCACGUUCAAGAAGGACGGUGACACCAUCAUCUACGCCAUUCCAGCGUCGUUGAAAAUCAUCGAUAAUGGCCCAAGUACAAGACUGGAUAUUCGCACGGCCAGUUAAAGUCCUAUGAACCGUCCAAUCGCCGACACACGUUAUGCUCUUGCUUAACGAGUGUCGGGUAUACAUUUUUUAAUGUUAUAUCGAAGCUUAAAGCUUUAUCGACCGUUGUGCCUGCAUAAUAAAUAUACUUAUUGGAUGUUAGAGGAGGAAAUGCGAGAGAAAGACGUGCAGUACAAGUUAUAUGACACACACACAUACACACACGCGCGCGCGCGCAUGAGCCGAUCGCGUGGUAUGUACAGGCGUGUAGGAGAAAUAUUUGUUUUUCGUUCUCCGCACCGUCGAAUAUUUCCACACGACGCAUUUAUUUGUAAAUACUACAUAAUAUUAUAAAUAUUGUUAGAUUUUAAUUGCGCGAAGAGACGAGAAGUGUGGACCUCCAAACGUGAGUUCUUUCGCAUCGAAAUGCAUUUAUACCUGUACACGUAAAUUAUACGCGAGAGAGAGAAAGAGAGAUGAUUCUUGUGGAAGAUAAUCGGAUUUACGUUUCUCGGAGAAAACGGACGCCGACUUUCUACGCCGAUUAGGAAGCCAAUUUCUCAUCGUGACCCCAGCGUGAGCAUCGUGCGUGUUUAUCACGGCCUUCUACUUACUAUUUAUACCGUAGAGAUCGGACUAUUUUUUAAAACAUUUUUUACACAUGAAAAACGUUACCGCGCGCAAGCAUGAUACAUAUAAUUAUAGAAAUGUUAACCGCGCAGUGCUUAUAAACUCGCGACACUAUACGUGUGACGAAAGAGUUAUAUAUACACACAUAUUUAUAUAUAUGUACAUUAUUUUCCAAAGAGUUUUGUAUUCUUCCAUCAUGUACUUAGGAUAAAAGAGAUUCUAUAUAAACACAUACCACGCGAGAGAGUAACGUUAAUCAAAAUACACAUGUGUUGCUUUGAUGCAAUUGACGCGCGAAAAAAUUACUGUACACUGCCACAGAGUCCUUGUUAAUUCUUGUGACAGAAUAUUGGUGGGACAAUUUAUUGGGAGCCAGUCUAUCUCGCUCUAUCGAAUGUGCGCGAUAUAUUUAUAGGAAGAUGACACACACACACACACACACACAGUUACAUUAUUUCGAAUCGACCAUUGUGAUCGCAAAGCGUUUUAGGACAUGUUGAGAAUUGUGCCAUUGUUAGAAAAUAAAGUGAAAUCUUCACACUA